UGCCAUUCUCCACUCACUCAUUCCCUCUUAGCUCGUCGUCGUCGUCAAGGUCCCGAACGCGCUCUCUCGCCGUCUCCCACAACUCACUACCCACUGUCUACAAAUUGCCCCGUCUCGCUCGCUAGCUCGUCCAACCCGCCAUUGAAUUCGAGUUUGAGCGCGUCUAGUUCUAGUCUGUGUUUGGAUCUGUUGAUAGCAGCUAGCUUGAGUAAUUGGGAUUUUGGGAUGCCGGACUCGGACAACGAGGACUCGGGCGGCGGCGGGGGCAUCGGGGGCGGCGGCAACAACAAGGAGCAGGACAGGUUCCUGCCGAUCGCGAACGUGAGCCGGAUCAUGAAGAAGGCGCUGCCGGCGAACGCCAAGAUCUCCAAGGACGCCAAGGAGACGGUGCAGGAGUGCGUGUCGGAGUUCAUCUCCUUCAUCACGGGGGAGGCCUCCGACAAGUGCCAGCGGGAGAAGCGCAAGACCAUCAACGGCGACGACCUGCUCUGGGCCAUGACCACGCUGGGGUUCGAGGACUACAUGGAGCCCCUCAAGCUCUACCUCCACAAGUUCCGCGAGCUCGAGGGCGAGAAGGCCGCCGUCGUCGUCUCCGGCUCCGGUGCUGGCGGAGGCGCGUCGCAGCAGAGGGAGGCGCCGAGGGGGCUUGGCAGCAGCAAUGGCGAUGGCGGAUAUGGCGGGAUGUACGGUGGUGCUGCUGCGGCGGGAGGCGGCGGGAUGUUCAUGAUGAUGGGGCAGCCCAUGUACGGGUCGCCGCCGGGGUACCAGCAGCAGCAGCAGCAGCAGCAGAUGAUGAUGGGAGGCAAAGGCGGCGGCUAUGGAUCGGGCUACGGCGACGCCGGCAACGGCGGCGGGUCCUCGUCGUCGUCAGGGUUCGGCAGGCAAGACAGGAUGUGACGACUGCACUCAAGAGCUGCUGCAAUCCUGUUCUCGCCUGGUGUGGCUGCUGUUGCUGGUAACAUUGGAGUUAAUUGGAGGUGUGGGGGCACUAAUUUAGCUCCACCCUUUUUUGUUUGUGCUUUGAAAUGUGCUUAAGCCACUCAAUUAGGGAGUACUACUACUCAAUUCUAUGGCGGAUUAGUACACCACCAGUUGCAUUUAACCUCUUUGAUGAUCCGAUAUAGAAAAUUGUGCUUCUGACAAAGAUGAAGUUUUAAUAUGUUUACUUAAUGACAAGCUAAGGUGCAUUUUGACAAGGUUUACUGAUCAGUUCUAGGUCGAUCUGCCUGGGUCAUAUCUCGUAGUAUGCACGUUUUUUUUUUCAAUCUUUCUUGUUCCCGUUUUUCUUGGCUGGGCUGUUGUACUAGUACAUGAUUGGUACUUUUCUGUGGAGAUAAUUUGGAAUAUAUGGGGUGUCGGUUGCGUGA